GGCGGCGCAGCGGCUCAUGAAGGUGUUUGUGACGCGGCGGAUCCCCCCGGAGGGGCUGGCGGUCUUAGGCCAGGCCGGCGAUUGCAGUGUCCAGCAAUGGGAUUCAGAUGAGCCGAUCCCACAGUCAGAGCUGCUAGCAGGGGUUGCUGGCAAGGAUGGGCUCCUGUGUCUCUUGUCUGACCAGAUAGACAAGGAGGUCCUGGAUGCAGCAGGACCAAACCUUAAAGUAAUCAGUACGUUGUCUGUUGGGUAUGACCACCUUGCUAUCGCUGAAAUAAAGGAACGGGGAAUCCGUGUGGGGUACACGCCAGACAUCCUGACGGAUGCCACUGCGGAGCUCACAGUAGCUUUGCUCCUGGCAACGUCUCGCAGGCUGCCUGAAUCGGUGGUGGAAGCGAAGAAUGGUGGCUGGACCACAUGGAAGCCCCUCUGGAUGUGCGGCUAUGGACUUUCUGGCAGCACAGUUGGGAUUAUAGGGCUGGGAAGAAUAGGACAGGCUGUAGCACAUCGUCUGAAACCAUUUGGAGUCAAGAGAUUUUUGUAUACAGGACGUCACCCCAAACCUGAAGGUGCUGUGGAACUGAAAGCAGAGUUUGUACCACUUGCCAAGCUAGCAGAGGAGUCUGACUUUGUCAUCGUAACUUGUUCUCUGACGCCUGACACCCAGGGGAUGUGCAAUCGAGAUUUCUUUGGCAAGAUGAAGAAAACGUCUGUGUUCAUCAACACCAGCAGGGGUGCUGUGGUCAAUCAGACUGACCUUUAUGAAGCUUUAGUCAAUGGCCACAUUGCAGCAGCUGGUUUAGAUGUUACAACUCCAGAACCUUUGCCUACUGAUAAUCCACUACUUUCCCUCAAGAACUGUGUAAUUUUGCCUCAUAUUGGAAGUGCCACCUAUGCAACAAGGAAUACGAUGUCAGUGUUGGCUGCCAACAAUCUUCUGGCUGGCUUGAAGGGAGAAAGCAUGCCCAGUGAACUCAAACUGUGAGAACCAACACGGUAUUCAAGUUGGUGUAAAUGGUCUUAAACCUUUGUGGGUUUUUCACUGUUUGUCCCCAAUGGAUAUUGAUUGGUGCAAAACUGUAUUUCAAAUAAAAUAUAAGCGUUUACAUAGAAAA